UAUAAAGGUUGAUUAUCUGCGAGGUCUAAUAACUCUUGAAUCUCUGAUUGUAAUUUGCCUGGUAGUCAACUACAUCAUUGUUCUCAGGGAUUUCAAUACUCAGCAACUUCCUCCAGAUGUUCUCAGUGAGUGUGUACUGUGUAUCUGUAUGGGGAAUAAGUGUACAAGAUGUGGAGUUCAAGGACAUGCCAGCAAGCUCCACCUAGCUACGGAUCUUAAGUUUAGACUCGCUAUCAUGAAUACUCAUGGACCUGAAAGCUUCGCUCACUUUUGGGCUGAUGAGGAACGCAAGGAGGAUAAUCUAGCACAUCGAGUAAUCCAACCAGUCGAGCAAGCAGCUCCAGCUGAACCUAUUGAGAAAGGCCGUGGAGGAUCUGGAACUGGAGGAUAUUGGAGUAACCAAGCAGGUCGUCGUGGGAGAGGUGCCUAUGCUGGAAAAGGGGGGAGACAUCAAGAAUCCAAACCUUACUAUAGACAGCAUAUAGAUCCCUGGACAGCUCCGGGGAACUCAAGAGGAUCCAAGAAGUCAAAACGUUAGAUUGUUUUUGAUUGAUAUAUCUAUUUGGAGCUAUUUACUUUGACGUGGAUAUAUUAAUAAAUUUAAGCGUUUUUUUUAA